UUUGCAAGGUAAGUAAGUGCAACAAACCACAUGACAACACAACACUGUUUUCAGGGUACUUUUUUUAGAGGAAUUAUGCAGGCAACAAAAAUGAAAAAACACCAAUGGAGUGGCAACGCUCUUUUGACAUUUUGCCUCUAAUACUUCGCUCAUAGAAUCUAUUACAAUAUAAAAUUUCGCCGUUUGCAUAGUGAGUGCGGGCUGCGACGGAGUCGAGCGUAAACAAAUUUUAUCGAAAUUCUCGCGGAAAUCUCGAUCAAAUUUUAACAAAAUUACGCGAAAAGUGUUAGAGAGUGUUUAAAUAUUAAUUAGAAAGUGAAUGCAAUUGUUUGCUGGCUUUUGGUAAGCUGAAAUAAUCAUUUGAAAUCUAUGCUGUCCCACACGGUGUGUUUUUUGAUGAAAUACGAGAAAAGAAGUGUCACAGAGUGAAAUUUCCCCCCCUUUGCCCGUCUUCGUUUCACCCAGUCGUGCAGUCGUCGCGUUGUAACGAAAAAAGUUUUCUACAUCGAUUCCAUUUAAAUAAUCAAAACUUGAACAUAAAAUAGUGCAAUUCAUUAUUUAACGAAAUAUAUGUAUUCAUAAUAAUUCUAAAAAAAAAUAUAUAGAGUAUAUAUAUGGUAGAACGCGACUUCAUAAAUACCGACGGUUUCGGCAAUCAUAAUUCUCAGCCGUACUCAAUCCGCAAAAUCAAUUGUGUGGCGCUCCGUCUGUUUCACGAGCGAAUGUAUGUAACGCAUUAACGAAAACGAAAACUCCAACUACGUUUAGCAAAAGUCAGCCAGCCAGUAGCUAUUAUCGCUUGCCAUUCUAUGGAUUUUUCUUUAUUCGCUUGUAUGCCUUCAGUGGUUAUUCGUUUAAUAUUAGUGACAGUUUAUAAGCGCUGCCAGUGCUAAGUAAUUCAAGUACCAUCAACAUUUAUGCAACAGCAAGAAUUGGUGAAUUGCUAAGGAAAUAAACAAUAAUUUGAGAGAAACAAAGUGCGCGUCCACAUACACUCUCUAUACUACACCAAAGACGUUUGCAAGUGAUGGCAAUGCGGGGAUAAAUGCUAAAUUUGCAUAUCAAUUACAAACACAAAGUAAUCAACAAAACAAUACACAGGCUCCACAAAAAGAAGCGUCCAGUCUGCAUUCGAUUGCAAAACCGCUUAAUCAGCAUAAUCAUCAGUGGACCGAUAAGCCACCGACAAACGUUUCAACAAAAAUACUCAACAUACGAGCACCGUCAUCGUCAUUGGCGUCAACGUCGUUGUCGUCAGCGACAUCGUCGUUUACAAAUUUCGCCAUGAAUUCCAGCCAAUCUACACAAGCGCCGGGCAAUCGUAUAACAUUUACAAGUCAAACGCUUCCUAACGGCACAAUAAAUAUAGGAGGAGCGGCGGGUCAUCCGCCAGGUUCAACAAUCAUAUCCACUUCCCAAUUACCGAAUACCACCACUAUAAAGACAAUAACGUCAAGUGGAGCUGGCGGACAACAUCAUACACUGCCGCAACAAGUACAGGUACAGCAUCAUCAAGUACUACAAAGUGGCGGGCAACCAGGGGUGGCGGGACAACCGUCACAGCAACACCAUAAUGCGGCAACGCAAUCAGUAGGUGCCACACAGACGCAAACCUUAGUUAUAAAAUCAAACAAUGCGGUAUCAUUGCCAGCGGGUCUGGUAUCAAGUUCACCCGGAAUAGUAACAAUGACCAAAACAAUUAAUCAGGGUAACCAGCAACCUUUGUUGAAUUCCAUGAUUCCGGCGAAUGUAGUGGUGGGCAUGCGUCCCCAAAAUGCGCAGCAACAACAAAAAAAUGUGCCAGGCAACACUCUAGGACGGGUAGUCAUUGGCGGACCACAUAUGGUUGGCGCCAGACCACAAAAUCCGGCGAUAACACUCAGUACACUAGCACCUGGACAAACGCCUGCACUCAUUUUAAAAACCGAAAAUGGAUAUCAAUUAUUGCGUGUUGGCACAGCCACCUCAGGUCCGGUCACACCAACCAUUGGCGGCAGUGGCGGCACCAAUUCCAAUCCGGCACAAAUACGUUUGCAAACUGUACCAGCUGCUGUAAGUAGAUUUGCAGGGCCUCCCAUAGCACUACGUAAAACGAUUGUAAGAUCAUCCACCUCCACAACUACCACUACUACCACCCACCACCACCAACAACAUCAUCAACAACAGCAGCAAGCAAAACAGCACCAACAACAGGCAACAGCGACGAAACAGAUCAAACAAAAUUCCAUGGCAGUGUCCUCGUCUACGUCUAAUAAUAUUGUUGUGAACUCAGUUGCUUCGAGUACUGCUGGCCCGCAUCACACGUACACGUCGCAGGCGAAUAUCACGUUGCAACAGCCGCACCAUCAGUCUGCACUGCAACACCAACAACAACAGCAAACACAUCUACAGUCGCAACAUCAGCAGUUACAUCAGCAGACGCAACAUCUACUACCACAACCGCAGAUAACGCAAAUUCAAACAAUUCCAGCACAGCAUUCAACCGGUGCGACCGCCUCCACGGGCACCUCGAACACAACGACCAUGAGUAAUAACCAUAGUGCCGUGUCCACGGCCAGUGCCGGCACGGCGACGGGGACAGCUAAUGUGACGACCACACAGAGUGCAGCGCAAGGCAAUACCAAAGAGAAAUGUCGCAAAUUCCUUGCGAACCUGAUCGACUUGGCGACGCGUGAGCCGAAACCAGUGGAGAAGAAUGUACGCAAUCUCAUACAGGAACUGGUGAAUGCAAAUGUGGAGCCAGAGGAGUUUUGCGAUCGACUGGAGCGUCUAUUGAACGCCAGUCCGCAGCCGUGUCUAAUUGGCUUUUUGAAGAAAAGUUUACCACUGCUACGGCAAGCUCUAUUUACCCGUGAACUUGUCAUCGAGGGCAUUAAACCGCCGCCGCACCAUGUUGCCGGUUUGACAACGUUGCAACAAUUUCCAAAAAUUCAAGCGCAAAUACGUCCGAUAAGUCAAAAUCAAACCACGACUAUUGGACAAACGCAAGUCAGAAUGAUUUCUCCUGUCGGCCCGGGUGGACCACGUCCCAUUGGGCAUACUACGAUAACCAAACAACCGGCCGGUAUUCGUAUACAAGGACCCACCAACGCACCACGCCUGGUGAAUGCCCAAAUACGCGGCCCCAUUCCAGCAUCCAUACAGCAGGCAAACACUCAACUGCCCUCGGCGCCGACGCAAGCGAGUAUUGUGCAUAUACGCGCACCAACAGUAACGCAAAUAAGCCGCCCGACCACAGUACAAAUACGUACUGCCAAGGGGAAAAAUGCCCCGCCGGGUAUAACACAUGUCAAAGUUGGACAAACACAAAUAAAGGCGAUCUCUUCGCCUGUACCGUCACUCGUUGCAACGAAUCAACCGCCCUCCCUAACAGCUAUAUCCAAUAGUUUACCACCCUCGUCGACACCAUCCCUCUCCGCUGUAUCCACAAUACUAUCCACCAUCAAUUCAGUCGCGACCUAUUCGAAUGCAAGCAGUGGGACAUCUUUGCCAACGCCAUCAUUGCCCACCGUGCAACUGCCACCCAACCUAAUGCACCACAGCAGCAGUCACCUGAGCAGUCAUGCCACCAUUGCUGGUAUUGGCGAGAGUAUAAGAAUUGUCGAUCCCAAAUUGGAGAACGCUAUCAAGCAAGAGAAAAUUAUACCUGUCACACCGCCGGCGAAUAAGACGACAGCUAAAUCUGGUGCUGCGUCCGCCAGCAAAGCGUCAAGCAAAAAGAAGAAAGAACAGCUGGAUAAGGAGAAAGAGGAGAAAGGAAAUGCCUUGGGUGCAGCCGCCACAGCAGCAAUGUCUUCAUUCUAUCAACAACCCUCUAUAUCGAUGUCAUCUUCGGUGUAUGGCGACGACGAUAUCAAUGACGUAGCCGCCAUGGGCGGUGUCAACUUGGCCGAGGAGUCGCAACGCAUACUCGGCAGCACUGAAAACAUCGGCACACAGAUACGUUCGUGCAAGGACGAAGUAUUUUUGCAUUUGCCAGCGUUGCAGGCGCGCAUCCGUGCGAUGGUUAUGGAACGUGGUCUAGAAGAACCAUCGCAAGAUGUGGCAGUCUUGAUAUCGCAUGCGUGUCAAGAGCGUCUGAAAAAUGUCGUCGAGAAAUUGGCUGUGAUAGCAGAACAUCGCAUCGAUGUAAUUAAGCUGGACCCACGUUACGAAGUCACAAAAGAUGUGCGCGGCCAAAUUAAAUUCCUCGAGGAAUUGGACAAAGCCGAACAAAAGCGGCACGAGGAGUUGGAGCGCGAAAUGCUGCUGCGUGCAGCCAAGUCGCGUUCGAAAAUCGAGGAUCCUGAGCAAGCGAAAAUGAAAGCGAGGGCGAAAGAAAUGCAGCGCGCUGAAAUGGAGGAGUUGCGACAACGGGACGCCAAUAUGACGGCUUUGCAGGCCAUCGGUCCACGGAAAAAAAUCAAACUGGAUGGCGAUGCAACAGGCGCCGGCGCGAAUUCGAACGCCAGCGGUGCUUUAGGCGGCUCAAGCGUGCCAUCAGUGCCACUACGGCCACGCAUCAAACGUGUAAAUCUACGCGAUAUGCUCUUCUUUAUGGAACAGGAACGCGAAACAUGCCGAAGCCAAAUGCUGUAUAAGGCAUAUCUUAAGUGAUCGACUUUGUGCAACGGCUAAGUGGGGGAAAACUACAUACUACACACAUAUACCAUAUAGCAUAUGAUCUUUCUGAACAUGGUGAAAUGCAACAUUACAUCAACUACAGUCAUAUUUCUUCAUACAUUUAUUUUAUAAAUUUCUAUGUACAUUUAUUGUUGCGCUGUAGCACGCUGAUUUCAACAUUUUACAUAUAAUCACGUUUCGAUUGCAAAAAGUAAACACUGUAUGCAACUUACAAUUCUCCAAAUUUUUUGCUACUUGUAUGUAUACAAAAUAUAUAUUUAUAUAUAAUAUAUAUAUUUUUUUUUAAUAUUUGCUUUGUCGUUUCUCAGCACGUCAAAGCACUUCACUAGUUGCGUUAUAUACAUACAAAAGAGUUUACUAAAAAUUUGCAAUUUUGCGGUUAAUGACGAAGGAUGUGUAAUUAGUUUGGGGUGGAUUAUGGCAAUAUUUAUUUAGAGCAACACUAAUUUGUUAAAAAAUUAUUUUUUUUUGAAAAAUUAUUUUUUUCUAACAACACAAUUUUUUAACAUCAUUUAACGCCCCCACAUAACCUCCAAUUUUUUUAUUAUCAUUGAUUUAUUUAAUAAUAAAAAAACAAAAUAAAAAUAUAAAUUGCGACUCGUGUGCACGAACAUGAAGUGGAAUUUGCGAAAAGUGUUCACUAUGCUAGAGUGAAUUUGUAAAAAUAGCGUUAACGGAUGAUGAAGGCAAUUUUUUAUUAUUAUUACUAUUAUUAUUAUUAUUAUAAUUCUUUAAGCAAUUUGUGCUCUUAAACUUAAACGAUCUAUUGCUUCAAACUAUUUGUAAACAACUAAUUUGUCUUUAAGUAUAUAAUUCGUAUUAAAAAAGAAAGAAAUGAGAGUAAGUAAGCUUAGGCAGAAGACGUUACAUUAAUUAAAGAAAAAAGAAAAAUACAUAUAUAAAAAAUAUGGCCUUAUAAAUUUAGGUUAAUAACAAGUAAAUUUUGUACAUUUUGUUUAUGCCGAUUAGAAGUCGUUUUCUAUUAUUUUCUCACACACAAACACACGUUGUUAAAUACAGAAAAAGUAAAAUACAUAACGAUAAACCUUAUUUUUUAGUGUAUAAAUUUUCGUAUAAAAAUGGCAUGCUGUAGUCGCGAAGUGUAAAAAAGAAAAACAAAAAUACAGGUAUUGUGGCAUUCAACUUUGUUUUUUUUUUUUUGUUUAUUUAUUUUUAUAUAUAUAAUAUAUAUUUUUAUUUUAUUUUUUUUUUGAUUUUUUUAUAUUUUUUUUUAAAUUUAUUAAAACAAUUUUUUUUUGAUUUUUUUUUUAUAUAUUUUUUUUUAUAUUUUUUUUUUAUAAAUUUUUUUAUUUAUUUUUUUUUUUAUAUAUAUUUUUUUUAAUUUUUUUUUUAUAUAUUUUUUUUUUAUAUUUUUUUUUUAUAUUUUUUUUUUAUUUAUUUUUUUUAAAUAAAAUUUUUAAGCAGCAAAGUCGCAUGAAUGUUAUGGAAUUUUCUAUGAAAGUUAGCAAAAACACCAAAUUUGGGCUGUAACAGAAAUAAAUGCAGCGACAAACGAAAAUGUCUGACUGCAAUUUUCAAUUUCCUUAAAAUUUUGAUAUCCUUCCAACCUAAGUUAUAAAUUUCUAAUUUUAGUAUGAGAAAAACAACAACAACAACAACAGCAUAGUCAAUAUUCGAGUAGCUUUGCUGCCAAACUGGGAGAGGAAGCACAUGCGCGUGGUUCAAGUUAGAACGGUUUAAAACCAACCUUAACAUUUAAGUGCGGACACCUAGCGUUAAGUAGAAUAUUCAUAGAAAUUUGUAUAUUUGUAAGACUUUGUGGCCACGGCGUGAAACGAUAGAUAACGCGUUUUUUCUAAACGCCUACAAAAAAGUAAGAAAGAAAGAAAAGAAAAACAAAAUUUGCAUAAUAAAAAAAAUUAAUAUUAAGGUUUACAUAUUAGCAGACAGUUAAAAUUUUUUUAGCAUAAGCGAAAACUCUAAACGUUAAAACUAUUGAUAGCGCGAAAAACAGGAAAAAAGCAGAAAGCAGAUAAAAAAAAACAAUAGAAAAUUGCAUAGUAUCAAACCGCUUAUUGUAGUCUUAUUUGCAAAGGCAUUAUCAUUACUAUUAUAUUAUAUUAAAUUUUAAUAUGGACAACCCGUGAACCCAAAAAAUAGCAAAUAUCUACUAAUAAGAUAAACAAAUCGACUAACAACAAAUCAAACACCAAUAACAAUGCAUACAUAUAUAUGUAUACAUAUAUAUAUACAUAAAUCAAGUAAAACAAAAUAAUUAACAUAAUGUGAAUACAAAAAGCAAAUAACAGUGCUGGCGACUACCGUUAGAGAAUCCAACUAAAAUAGUAGUUUAUUACAAAAAAAAACGAAAACAAAAACUAAAAAAUAUGUAAAUGUAUGUAAAUUAAGUUAAUUUUUAUGAUUUUGUAAUACCACAAACAAAUACUUACAGUUAAAAGUUACCAAGUUCUUUUGUAUAAUGUAAAAAAACAAAAAAAAAAACAAACACAAAAAAAACAAGCAAAA